AUGAUCCAAGACAUCGUGGAGGAGGUGUUGGUGUCUUUCGGAAAUUUCCGGCCAGUGUGCCGUCUUACAUCAUCUCCCGCCGUCGUGCCCGCCUCUCGUCAGCCAGCGAGCACAUCAGCGACGAUAGCCAACACUCAAGACGUGGGUCUGUUCCUACCAUCUAGUAUUCCGAGUCCACCGACAACAACUGAACCGUGUCCACCACUUGACCAGCCAACGGAUGUUGGCGCCCUCUAUGACGCCUUACAAACACACCACGAGCUUGCACAGAUGCUCGCGGUCGCUUCUCAACCUUAUCGCUUCAUUCGUCGUACACACUUAUUCAAGGACGACAUCUGCUUGCUGCAGCCUCGCACAGUGCCUUUGAGCAUCGCUCCUGACUUGCUAUCACCAGUCAUCAUUAUUCAUAACAUUUCUCGCUCAGUCGUUCGCUAUAUCAUCCGAAGCAGUGCAUUAUGA